GUUGGAUCUGAACUUGGUGAUCUUGUGGCCAUUGACAUCAACCUCUUGGACGACCUUGAAAUUAGAUGUCAUUGUUAAUUUAUUAUGGCUGAAAUCGAUCAUUCCGCUCUUGAAGCUGUCCAAGAGGACAUGGAUCACAUCCAUGAUCUCACCACAAAGGCUGAGCUCGAACUGGCCAACAAACGCAACGAGUUGAUGGCUCCUAUUUACAAAAAGCGUCAGGAAGUCAUUGCCAAGAUCCCUAAUUUCUGGUACACUCUGUUCCGGAUGCACCCUCUUACCGCCAAUUUUAUCGAGGAAAGAGACCUGCCUAUAUUGGAGCAUUUGACUGAUGUGUUUGUCAAGCACGAUGAUAAAGACUCGCGCAAUUACGAGAUCAUCUUCACCUUCAAAGAGAAUCCCUACUUCUCCAACAAGGAGUUGAUCAAGAAAGUGGUCGUGAAGGAUGAUGAUGAAGAAACUUCUAUCGGCGAGGUCUUCGAGAUCAAUUGGAAGGAAGGCCAAGAUGUUACCAAAAGCCAGAAGCGCAAGAAGGACGAUGACGACGAAGGUUCAUCUUCCUUCUUCGCUUGGUUCAAGGAAGAAGACACUUCGAUUGCCGAUAUUUUUGCACUCGAGAUUUUCCCUCAGGCUCUUAGGUAUGUUGAAAAAGACCCUCCGACUAGUUAGAAUAGUUAAUCCUACUAAUAUAAUAAGGUAUUACGCAGAUUUGUACUCUUUAGUAGUUCUUGCAUUCAUUAACAUUUUGCUUUUUACGUCGUCGACGCAUUAGUUUGUAUGCUGAGGGCCCUGAUGAGGACGAUGAGGAUGAUGACGACGACGAGAGGUCUAUUGAUCUGGAUGGUAUGUGAUAUGAAGUC